CCUCGACAGGCUCUCAAUAAGCCUUUUCUUCUUCCAUUUGCUCACUGUUAUUAUUAUCGUUAUUCUUAAGUCCACUCGCGUCGCGGGUCUUCGUGAUGCUUCGUAACGAGAUGACGCCCGACAUGGAGGCAGUGCCUCCCACCUGCCGGGCGGACUCUCCCGCCGGGACAAGGUGCCAGGAGACGGCCGAGGAGGCGAGCUCUCCUGCCUCCUCCUCAUCUUUCUCGUCCUCCUCAUCCUCGGGGGGCAAUGCAAAGGACAUCUGUGGAGACAUUGCAUUCGUUCCGACCGUCACUGCAAUCUCCUCUAGCCCAGAUUUCCAGUGGAUGGUCCAGCCUACAAUCAUUACAUCUGUCUCCCCGUCUCCGGGUUGCGAGCGAGCCAAUGAGCCGCAGAGCUCUCGCCAGGCAACACCCAUUAGAGAGGGCAGGAAUAAGGGGAAGAAUGCAGCGAGGAAGGCAAAAGCAGAGCAGCUGUCUCCGGAGGAGGAGGAGAAGAAGAGGAUCAGGAGGGAGAGGAAUAAAAUGGCUGCUGCCAAGUGUCGCAACCGACGGAGGGAACUGACGGAUACGCUGCAAGCUGAGACGGACAAGCUGGAGGAGGAAAAAGCAUCCUUGGAGACAGAAAUAGCCAACCUCCUCAAAGAGAAGGAGCGCCUCGAAUUCAUCCUGGCCACGCAUAAAUCGGUGUGCCAAAUGUCCGAGGGCAUGGAGACCGAGUUCCAGCACUCCGCCGGAUCCCCAGAAAUCCCGCCCAGUCCAGAGGAGGACCAGCUCCCGGACGACGGCAUUCAGGAAGCUCCUUCACUCCAAGACAUGGAGAUCCCCAACGAUCCGUCCGCAGCCAUCUCGGGAAACUCCAACAUCCUGCUGUGCGCCAGCGCCGAAAUCAACAUCUGCGACCUGGAGCCAUCUCUGGACAUUAAGGGAGGCCUCCUGGACACAAUGCUGCCCACUUUGUACGACAAGCACCCCACGGAGACGGCCCGGUCUGUUCCAGACAUCGACCUGAGCAGCUCCCUCGGGGUCUCAGACUGGGAGACCUUGUACAAGUCCGUCUCCAGCGAUCUGGAACCCCUCAGUACUCCCGUGGUGACCUCCACCCCGACCUGCAGCAGCUACCUGUCCGUGUUCACCUUCUCCUGUCCUGAGCUGGACUUGCUCACAGACGGACUGGAGAGCCAUAAAGGAGGAGGAGGAAAAGCCGAAUCUGUCGACCAUCUCAACUCGCCAACUCUGCUGGCCUUAUAAAGGAAUUGCUGAUGUGCAUCUUGCAGGUUCCGCACUUUGGAAACAAGAAGUGAGCAAUUCUCAUAAGCCACUGUGUGUAUGUGGUAACGCUCUGAGGAUGACUACAUUCAAGAAAGACACAUAGCCAACAGUGUGAUGAUGUAGCAUGGCUUUUACUUUGACAAGAGCGAGCUCUCCAUUUAAACGCAUGCGCAGAAGUUUCCAGAUCAUUUUCAAAACAUAUAUACUGUACACCAUAUAUAUAUAUAUAUAUAUAUAUAUAUAUAUAUAUAUAUAUAUAUAUAUAUAUAUAUAUAUAUAUAUAUAUCAAUAUAUGAUCUGUUUCUAGAUCUAGGAUGUAAUGUGGAAUUUAACGUGACUGUAGGGUUUUGUGUUUUGGUGUCAGUCAGUGUAUUGAUCCCUAUUAAUGCUGUAGUCACAUACACACAUUCAUUCUUACCUCAAUGUCAUCGACUGUGGUUUUGACCUCAUUGUUGAGAAGGUUUUCCAUGAAAACAUCCAGUGCUAUCUACUAUAUAUAUAUAUAUAUAUAUAUAUCUAUCAAGAUGUAACUUAUGAUUUAUUUUUCUACCUGUCAGAAUUUGUUAAA